UUUGUUCGCCACUACCACAGGGUAAGACAAGCUACCGCCAAAACCAAAAGAUUCAAACUUUCCCGCUUUUACCAGUCACUCGCUUUCCUCGCGCCAAAAUUAAACCCUCAUAUUGUUUGUUCAUCUUCAUCUCCUCCGCCCCCACCCACCCCCUGUACUAUUUUUUUCCCUUCACCCAAAACAGAUCGACAAACAGCAGAUAAAACAGAGAAAAUGGAGUCCAUCAAGCAUCGAUCGUUCUUCCAAGACAUUAAAUCAAGAGAAAUCAAUGGAUUCAGAGUGAGAAAACGCCCGUAUACGGGCAACGAUUCGCAAGGUUUCGAUCCAAUUGGAGCUGUAGCAGUUGAGCACAGAGGCGAACCUUCACCUCCCAUGGCUCUGUCUUUCUGCAAGACUAAUAAAAAUGCCCAUAUACUUGCUCUCACCGACGAAGGGGGUUAUAUUACUUUGUUCGAUACGAGGAAGAAAUAUCUGGAUUACUCUUCAUACCAAGAAAAUGCAGAAAAGGCUAAGCUCUUUGAGUGGGUAGCUCAUGAAAAUGCCAUAUUUGACCUCUGCUGGAUCAAGGAUGAUGCGUAUUUAUUAACUGCUUCAGGAGAUCAAAGUAUUAAGGUAUGGGAUACGCAACAGCAGAAAUGCGUAAGAGCAUUAAUGGGUCACAACGGAAGCAUCAAAUCCCUCAGUUGCCACCCUACUAAUCAGGAGCUCGUUGUGUCUGGUUCACGAGAUGGAUCGUUUGCUCUAUGGGACACGAGGUGCACCAAGAAUGCCUACCAGAAGUUGUGUGUCUCGCCUGUUUCUUUAAUACAUGAGGCCCAUACUUCUCCUGGUCGAAGACGUUGUAGGCGCCGUGGAAAGGCUGAAUCAAUGAGCAUCACAUCUGUGCUUUACCUCAAAGAUGAAAUCUCUGUUGCUACUGCUGGAGCAGUUGACAGUGUUAUCAAGUUCUGGGAUACAAGGCACCUUAAAGCUCCAGUUACUCAAGCAUGUCCUAAUUCUCAAUCUUCGACCGAGGAAACGAGAUUACAUGGCAUAUCUAGCUUGUCUCAAGAUCUUAAUGGAGUCUUUAUUACAGCCUCGUGCAUGGAUCACAGAAUAUACCUAUACAACGUGCUUCAGCUUGAAAAAGGGCCGAUCGAAACUUUCUCUGGAGGCCGAACAGACUCAUUUUUCGUCAAGUCAGCAAUUAGUCCCGAUGCAGCUCACAUACUCAGUGGUUCUAGUGAUGGAAAUGCCUACAUAUGGCAGGUCAACAAACCUCAGCUGGAUCCCAUCACUCUAAAAAGCCACGAUGGAGAAGUCACAGCAGUGGAUUGGUGUCCAUCAGAAACGGGGAAAGUUGCUACUUGCUCGGAUGAUUUCACCGUUAGAUUGUGGAACAUACAAAGCAGUUGUUAUACGAACACGCGAUCUCCAUCAUCAAUGCGAAAAAGAGUGAGGGCACUUCCAAGAAUCGAAAGGAAAAAACUGUUCUGCGACGAGGAUGUACAAACAGUAUGCCACGUGGACUCCUCGCCCCCUCCGAUGAAAGUUGUAGAAGUAAGUACACCACAAUCUCAGAAGAAAAAGUGUUCGUUGAGUUUCGAAGUGACAGAAGAUUUAGAUGCGGCAACUCCAGAAGCUCAAAUGAAAAGCCCUUCUUCUGUUCUAAACCCUCCUUCCUCGUCGAAAAGGAAGACGAUUCGUGACUACUUUCCGGUUUCAUGAUAAAUAUAUAAAUUAUUGUGAUGUAUAGUUAGAUUUGUAUUUAUGUGUAUGUAUAAUAUGUUAGCAAACAAAUUUUUUGAUGCAGGGAUGAGAUUAGUAUUUAAUAUCAACCAUUUUUUUUUUUUUUUGUAUUAUUGAAGUAGUUAGUUAAAAGAUUUGAUCUGUUUAUGUACUAUAUUUGAUUGAUGGAUUUUGUUAAAGGAA